CUGGAGGGCGCCCGCCGGAGACUGCAUGGCGUGCAAUGCCAGCGGCGGCCUGUGCGGGUACGACGGCGACACGGAGGCCUUCGCCUGCAUCUGCUCCGACGGCUCAAACCGCCCGGCGAGAUGCGAUGCAAAGAAGUCAGGGAACAAGGCCAUCCUGAUAGUGUCAUCGUCGAUUGGUGCAACUGGCUUGCUGUUGGCAUGCAUCCUCGUCGUCUUCAUGUGUCGUCGACGGAUUCGCAGCCGCUUCGGUUUCCUGGACGCCAUGGACGGUUCAAGCAGGACCGAUACGGCAAACGUGGAGAAACUCCUGCAGAAGUACGGAUCCCUCGCUCCCCGGAGGUUCAGGUACUCGGAGCUGAAGAAGAUAACCAAGUCCUUCAGCCAGAGGCUCGGCGAGGGCGGCUACGGCACGGUGUUCAGCGGCGCUCUCGCCGACGGCCGCGCCGUCGCCGUCAAGUUCCUGCACCACUCCAAGCCCAACGGCGAGGAGUUCCUCAACGAGGUGAUCAGCAUCGGCAGGACGUCCCACGUGAACAUCGUCUCCUUGCUCGGCUUCUGCCUCGAGGGCUCCAAACGAGCCCUCGUCUACGAGUACAUGCCCAACGGCUCGCUGGACAAGUACAUCUACUCGACGUCGACGGCGGCGCCGGCGAGCCCGGACAGGGACUUUCUUGACUGGAAGGUGCUGCAGGAGAUCGCCGUCGGCGUGGCGCGUGGGCUCGAGUACCUUCACGACGGGUGCAACACGCGCAUCAUCCACUUCGACAUCAAGCCGCACAACGUGCUGCUCGACCUGGAUUUCCGGCCCAAGAUCGCCGACUUCGGCAUGGCGAAGCUAUGCAACCCCAAGGAGAGCAUCCUGUCGAUGGCGGACACGAGGGGGACGAUAGGGUUCAUCGCGCCGGAGGUGUUCUCCCGUGGGUUCGGCGACAUAUCGACCAAGUCGGACGUGUACAGCUACGGGAUGCUGCUGCUGGAGAUGGUCGGAGGCGGGAGCAACGUGAAGGCCUACGCCGAGAAGGCCAACGACACGUUCUUCCCGCUCUGGGUCUACGACCACCUGCUCGAGGACGGCGGCGUGCUGCAGAGCGUCGUCGCCGCCUCUGCUGCGACCGGCGGCACGGGGACCGGCCGAUCGUCAGGAGGAGGCGAGGAGAUCGCGAGGAAGAUGGCGCUGAUCGGUCUGUGGUGCAUACAGACCGUGCCGGCGAACAGGCCGUCGAUGGGCAAGGUGCUGGAGAUGCUGGAGAGAAGCGUCCAUGAGCUCGCCAUGCCGCCGCGGCCGUACCACUCCACCUCGUCGUCCCCGUCGCGGCCGUCGAGCUACCCGUCCUCUGCCUCGGAUUUCACGCCGCGAUCCAGGUUGUCCACACCGGGUAGCACGGCAUGAAAAAUGGCGAAGGACCAGACCCUUCCAUGACAACUGACUACCAUGUGAUGUAGCUAAAAAAAAUACAAAGUGAGAGGUUUGCUUUUAUGGUGUAGAUUAAACAGUGUAGGGGGAAUUAGCAAGAACAACAGUAUUGAUUUACUGUUUGCAUUAUUAAUUCGUUUUCUUAGGGUUUGAUGUAAUUAUGUAAUUUAGUUUGCAACAUUCUUCAAUAAACUACAGGUUUAUUGUUUCACUGGAAUUAAGCAUAAUCGA